UAAAUCACAAUACAAACAAAAUUUGCUAGACACAUGUUAUGUAUAUAGGACAAAUGUAUAGUUUUAGUCUUCUUCCCCGCAGCGCACUCUGUGAAACCCCAAAAUCAUGAGUUCUUUGUAUCCUCCAUUGAAGCCUUGUCAACUAAUUCAAACAAUCACAACUCUCCUCUCCUCUUCCUCCAAAUCUCUACCCAAAUCCUCUCUUCAAUCCUACCUCCCUCACCUCACUCCUCCCAUUAUCCACUCCAUUCUCUCUUCCCCCACUCUCUCUUCUCGUCCUUCCACUCUCUUCUCCUUCUUCCAAUGGUCUCAAUCUCACAUACCCUCUUUAUCCACCCACCCCCUCCCUUUCCCUUCUCUUCUCCCUCUUUUAUCCUCCCUCUUAUCCCAUCGCAGAUUCCAUGUUGCAAGAUCCCUUCUUCUCACUUUUAUCCCUUCUGAUCACCCCCAACACCUUCUCCAUCGUCAUCUCCUUCACCCCAUUUCCAAUUUCCCCAAACCCUCAACGGAAUUGUUGGAUACUGUUAUAGGUGCUUAUUGCCAAUGCGGGAAACCCCAUCUCGCCCUUCAGAUUUUCAAGAAGAUGAAGCGGCUUCGACUUUGCCCUGAGGUCAAAACUUUCAAUGUUUUGAUUAGUGCUUUAGUUAAGUACCCUUCUACUCACUCUGUAUAUUCAUGUAAUGAGUUGUUUAAUGAUGCACUUAAGCUUGGAUUGGUGCCAAGUACAAUUACUAUCAAUAUUAUGAUUAAAGGGUAUUGUUUAGUUUACAAGUAUAAGGAUGCUAAUCAAUUGUUGAAUAGAAUGAGUGAGUUUGGAUGUGUGCCGGAUAAUGUGAGUUAUAAUACUAUAUUGGAUGGGUUGUGUGAGAAAGGUAGGUUGAAUGAGAUUAGGGAUUUGUUGUUGGAUAUGAAGGGUAAAGGUCUUGUGCCGAACAGGAGUACGUAUAAUAUUUUGGUACAUGGUUAUUGUAAAGUUGGGUGGUUGAAGGAUGCUGCUCAGAUUGUCGAGCUGAUGACGCAGAACAAUACUUUGCCUGAUGUUUGGACUUAUAAUAUUUUGAUUGAUGGUCUGUGUAAUGAAGGAAGGAUUGAUGAUGCAAUUAAGAUUCGGGACGAGAUGGUAGGAUUGAAAUUGUUGCCUGAUGUGAAAACUUAUAACAUCCUGAUCAAUGGGUGUCUUGAUUAUAAGAGAAGUUCAGAGGCCUUUGAUCUUGUUGAAAAGAUGAAUCAGAAGGGGAUCAAAUGUGAUGAAAUUACGUAUAAUACAUUGAUUAAAUGGUAUUGCAAGGAAGGGAAGAUGGAUAAAGCUAGAGAGGUACUUCUAAAGAUGGAAGAAAUCGGUUUAUGUCCGAAUUGUGUUUCCUAUAAUACUUUGAUAAGUGCAUAUUGUAAAGCUGGAAAUCUACCAGAAGUAUUGAGGAUAAUGAAACGAAUAGGUGAAAAAGGUUUGAAAAUGGAUAAUUUUUCUCUCAAUACAUUGCUUCAUAUUCUUUGUCAAGAAAGGAAGCUUGAUGAGGCAUACGAGUUGCUCUCUGUUGCUCAUACCAGGGGCUAUCUGGUUGAUGCAGUAAGUUAUGGCACUCUUAUUGGUGGCUACUUUAGAUGUGCAGAUAUGGAAAAAGCUCUUAAGCUUUGGGAUGAGAUGGAAGAGAGAGAGAUAAUUCCCACUAUUGUCACAUACAACAUCAUAAUUGGAGGGCUAUGUAAAUCGGGUAAAACUCAGCAGGCAAUUGCUAAACUGAAUGAACUUUUGGAGAAGGGUAUAGUGCCCAAUGAAAUAACAUAUAAUACUAUCAUCCAUGGAUACUGCUGGGAAGGGAACAUUGAGAAAGCAUUUCAAUUUCACAACAAAAUGGUUGAGAAUUCUUUUAAGCCUGAUGUAUAUACGUGCAACAUUCUUCUUCGGGGACUUAGUAGGGAAGGCAUGCUUGAAAAGGCCAUUAAACUCUUUAAUACGUGGAUUGAUAAAGGGAAGACCAUUGAUGUAGUAACCUAUAACACCUUGAUAACAGCUCUUUGUAAAGAUCAAAGACUUGAGGAUGCUCUGGUCCUUGUUGCUGAAAUGGAAGAGAAAAAUAUCCGGCCUGAUAAGUACACACAUAAUGCAAUUGUUGGUGCACUUACUGAUGCUGGAAGGCUUAAAGAGGCAGAAGAAUUUAUGACAGACAGAGAAAGACCAUCUGAACAGUGGUUGCAAAUGGAUGGCAGGGAGCAUGAACUCAGAGUUGAUGAACAAGAUUCAAGUUCAAUCGCUUAUUCACAGCAGAUUGAUGAGCUGUGUGCGGAAGGAAGAUAUAAGGAUGCAAUGCUUAUCUAUGCACAAGUCACUCAGAGAGGUAUUGAUCUACAAAAGUCUACUUAUUUCACUCUGAUAAAAGGACUCAUCAAGAGGAGAAAAAGUAUAUCGAAGACAGGUUGAUAGUGACCCCAAAUGUUUGGCUCUGGCCGAGUAUGAUGACUUCAGUUUCUAUGCCCAGAAUGCAACACUGCAAGGAUCCAAGGCUGGUGAACCAUUCACUUUUCCUCCAUCAGAUUGGUAUUUGAGGAUGUUGUCUCCUAUGAUCCUACUAUACACUGUUCUCUCUUUUAAAUGGAACAUUUCUGUAGGGGAAGUAUGCUUUUGUUUCUCUGGAAGCUAUUGUUGUUCCUUCAUGCUUUAGCAACUCCAUCUCAGGCAUGCUUUAGCAACUCCAUCUCAGGAGCUUACUCCUAAAGCAUUUUUACUCGAAUUCAAGAUGUUUUCUUCUCCUUUGCAUUGUAAAUUUUUUUAGUAUGUGUGGUAUUCACUUGAAACACAAAAUAGUCUUUUGAAGUUGAAUUGUCAUUUGCUCA